CCAAAUAUUAUUCUUAAAAGUAAAAAUCUAUUUAGAAAAGCAUUCAAAGAGCAUAUAAAAAAAUAUAAAUAAAUAAAUAGAUAGAUAGAUAGAUAUAUUUUCAGAUAGAUGGAUAGCUUAAAUUUGUCUCCCAUCAAAGAUGGAAACUCAAAUAAAGAUAAUAACUCGGUAAGUCCUAAUUCUGAUUUGAAUAGCAAUUAGUUACCUCAAAGCAUGGAAGGAACUCCUUAUAGAAGCUAAGAAUGUAUAAAAUAUUAGUAAAAUCAUACUCCAAGUCGAGAAUUAGCAGAAAUUCAAUAAAAAUUAUAAAAUUCACCUGGAUUAGACGGCUUAGUAAGGAAGUGUAAUAUACUGAAAGUAUAAUCUCAAGCACAAGCAGCUGUUACUUCAUAGUUUUAUUAGUAAAAUUUAGAGCAUUCCCUUGAUAUUAGAUAAUAAAUGCUAGCCACUAAUCAUCUUCUUCCACCAAAUUUUCAUCGAGUUCAAGAUUAGGAAAUUUAACAAAUAUUUGGAGUAUUCACAACACCAAGUAAGGAUAAUCCAGAAGGAUAGUCAAAAUAAAACACAGAUAAUAAAAUUUAAGGAGAAGUUUAAGAAAAUUAAUAAAUUUGCACAUCAGGAUAUAAAGAAAGAUUAUCUUCAGCUCCUAUUGAUCCUAAAUUAAUAUUAUCCUAAAAAAUAGUUUCACCAAAUAUUUAGUCAGUGUAGUGUCAAUCAAAAGAAAAUAACUUAGAUACAAAUUUAGCAGAAGAAAAAUAACCAAAUACCUAGGUGGAUCAAUAAAAUACUGUUAAUCCAUUAUUUGGUUAGAGUUUUAAAAACUCUGAACUAAAUUAUGAAUCUAAAUUUUAACGGAUUUUAUAAUCUUCUUCACCAACAGAUUAGUACAAGCAAUCUAUGAUAAACACAGGUAGUGCUCUAAGCUCUUAUUAAAUAAGUUACUCAAGUUUGAAAUGGGACGUUUAAUAGCAAUAGCAGCAAUUUAAGCCAAAAAAGGAUUAUAAAAAUAAUUUUUAGACCUAUUUAUCUUUAAUUGGUUUAGGGUAGAAUAGAAGCAAUCAUCAUGGCUCUUCUCUUUUAAAUACAGGAAACAAUUUAUACUUUGCGAACAAAGCCUAAAAUCAACUAUAAAGCAACAAUUCAGCAGGAUUAUAUAGGGUUUCCUCCACUGAAAGGCAGUCAGGAAGAAAUUUUUCUUAAAUAGGUGCUACUAGCAAUAAUAACAAUAAUAAUAUUAAUAGUAACAAUAAUAUAAAUAGCAACAACCCAAGUACAGUAGGAGGAAAUAAGCGUAGAACAGGGUUAGAGGGGAUUAUCGAUAAAAUUAAUAAUAAAAAAGACUAUCUUUUAUAAAAAAAAAGUUAAAAAGGGAUUUAAAAUCAAAAUUCUUUGCUCAGUAAAAAUUAGAUAUCAGGCAAUUAGAGUACUGCUUUGAGUAGUAGCAAUAAUGCAAAUAAUUUAAUUAAAUUAAGUAGAAUUCAUCCUAAUUCACAUUAGUCUAGUAAGCAAGCUGAGCUGGAAGGAUCUCUUGAAAAAAUACGUCUUAUUUCUAUGUAAAGAAAUAUUAAUUAUUCUUCUGGCAUUAGUAAAGAAAAUGAACAAUAAUAAAAAGCAAGCCCACUUUUUAAACCAGGUUUUCAAACUUAAUAGUAACAAUAACCUUAAUUAAUUUAACCAAUGCAGUCAAGCACACUUGCAUCAUCAUUGCGUCCAAAUUUAGCUAACACAACCAGCAAUUAUUUCCCAUCACUAGGCUCGUCUAUUGGUGCUAAUUAAAGAUAUUCAAAUACAAAUUAAAUUUUACAGUCUGAUAGAUUUUAGACUUCUACUUCUAAUUAAAUAGGAUUAGCAUCUACUGGUUAAAACUUAUAAAAUAAGUAACAAAUCCUAAGCUAACCUAUUUCAACUAUUUUGUCUUCAAAUGUUAACAAUAGUAAUAAAGUUAACAUUUAACAAGAAUUAUUGAGAAAUGAAAGUUAGCAGAGAAAAGAAACUGAUAAAUAAGAGCCUUAAUAAGAUAUAUUAUUUGAAACAACAUUAGAUUAGCCUUAACCUAUUGCACAAGACUAAUAAUAAGUAUUAAAUUUUGAUGCUUUUGAAGAUUAUGAUGACAAAGUUAAUGGAAAUACACAAGAAUCUGAUGUUGCUAACAUAAUUUCUUGA